AUGUUCCAAUCUGUCUAUGUUGAUCAUGGGAAGAAGCUCAAUCUUAAUCAGAUUGGAGCAACUGUCCCAGCUACAGUUCCUGGAACUUCUCCAGCGACAAGUAUUAUCACUGGUGGAACACCAAGUGUUGCGGGAAGCGUUAACACACCUUUGCGACUUACUGGUACUACAGGUAAUCAGAUGUUGCAAGUUCCUUCGGGAAUGCAGCUCAUGCAGAUUCCAACUCAAGGUGGCGGCACUGUGACUGUCCCUUACUCAAUGAAUGCUAAUGGUGAGAUUGCGUUCAGUGGAAUGCAACUCAGCCAGCAAGGCUUCAGUGGUGCUCAAGUGCGCCAAGGAUUCAAUGCAACUCAAACUCGAACUCUGCAGGUCAUGAAGACUGGCUAUUUUGAUACGUCAAAUGUCUUUCACGAUGCGAUCAAAGGAAAGGAUGAGAAUGGCAAUGAUGUCUAUCUUAUUCCAUGUCCUGCUGGAACGACUAAUGUCAAACUUCAAUCCGACUGGCACUAUGCUAGUGAAAAUGAUAAUAAUAAUAACUGA